UAAAAAUUGUCAAAUGGGCAAUGUAUAGGAAAACAAACAAAAAUUACCAUACGAAAAAUCCCCAGCCUACGUCACACAUAUACAUGGAACGCUUUUGUCGUGCUCUGCACUCCGACUUGGACCUAAGUCCAACAUGUGUCAGCUGGUUUCGUCAAGCAACGGAACACUGUACCGAAUUGAUUUUGCAAAAGAGACGCGGACCCGCCUUCUGGACAACAGUUAAGAACUUCAUAUUUCCCAGCCGUCAAACAUCGCUGCUCAAUCAGAAAAUACCAAUCAGCAUACACCCGAACCGACUGUCGGUUAGCGAUUGUCAUGCGCUCUUCUUCGACAUCGUUAACGAUUAUGUGGAGCGCGCACCGCGCUACUCCAUCGAAGCGGCCACAAACGCGCUACUCUGGCAAAUACUCUACUCCCUCAUGGGUAUUAUGGCGCUCGGCACUUUGUUGGUGACCACCAUAUUUGCAUAUCGUAAGUUCGGUAAAACGUUGCAGAAAUCGCUCGAUCCACUAGCCGCCGUGUUUGAGCCUGAAAAACGCGCGGCAGCCUAUGUGAAUAGAAAUUUGCGCGUGGUGAAGUAUGAGUUGCAGCGACUGCAUGUGAGACACAUCAUACAACCCGAAGAGGUGCUCGCACCUGAUGGCACUGCGACGCUAGUACUGAAAGUGGCAUCCAAGUUGAGUUUCCUGGAUGGCAUAGUAGGCAGUAACACGCACUGCAGUGGUCGUUUAUUUCGCCUACAAGAGCUUAAUACGACUACAAAGCACGAGUACAAGACGGAAGCAAUUGCAAAGAUGAUGCGCUUUAUAAACAAUUACUCGCGUAAGCUACGCUUGAUGGUUAUUUUCGAUGAAGAUCCCAUUUAUGAAGAAUUACUGAGACGUCGUCGCUCGCAUCCGGUGAAAGCUGCAACGCCACUCACGCUAAAAAAUGUGGGGGGCCGAAAGAGCUCGGGUAGCUACUCAGCGCGUAGCAUUAUCUCACGUUCCAGCAGUCCGCCCAUCAGCAAACUGCCCGGUAGUCCGCGUCUGCCCACGCAAAUACCACGAAACCUCACGCGACGCGCUUCAAACAUAGCAAUGAAAAAGUAAUUUCGAGCUUUCGAUGGCGCGCACCGGGCCACAGUGGUGUAUUAAUGCUUAACGUUAGCGUGUGAAAAUGUAGAACAAAAGACCAGGUGAAUGAGUUUUUACGCAAUUUAUUUAUUGCCUGAUUGCUGUACUUACAAGAAAUUGAAAAUUUUUUGUAAUCACUCAUGUUUUUAGCAAAUAUUCGUAAAUAUUCAAAAUACAUAAAUUGCUUAAAUACUAAAACGAAAAAUAAAAUACAUACAUAUGUAUAUAGAUAUAUAUAAAAUAGUAUUUUAAAUUAAAAAUCAUUAAAUCGUAACUGUAAGUUCAUGUAAGGUACAUGCGUAUGUGUUGUUUCAACUAUAGUGACACAACAGCGCGUUGGCCGUGAAAGGGUUAAGGAGUGCGUGGGUGCCCCUUAGAGACAGUGAAAAGUGCCAAACAAAUCUGUUGCGUCGGUAGUUAGUAGCGCGCGUAAGGACGAAAUAUGGACACAUUUCGGGUUUAAAAGUGGAAGACAAUAUAAAAGAUAUUGCAAAGAAGGGUUAAAGUAAAGUUGGAAAAUCUUAAGCCAAACCAAAUAACCGCUUGUUAGUAACUGAAAGAGUGUAUAGAAGUACAGAAACAGUAAGUGUUUAAUUAUAAGUAAGUGCAAUAUCCAUAUGUGUGUUUAUGUACGUGUGUUAGUAAGAUAAAACUUAGUGUGUGAAAAUUCUAGAAGAUUUUUUACAGCAGGAUUGCAAUACAUUUCUACAUAUAUUAAUAAUCAAGCCGCUGCCUCUGCGCCUAUUUGCAUACAUUAGCCUCGUGUGCAGCCUGUAAAUGCCAAGUGCGCUGCCGCUUAGAGUUGCCAUAGUUUGCCAUUUAUUAUUUACUGCCGAUUUUCGUUAUUUUCUUUAUUAUUUCCACCAUAUUUAGGUACGUUGUGUUGUUGCUCCAUAUAUAUAUAUUUUUUAUCAAUUAUUUGUUUGCAUUAUUUAUUCAUUCUGCUAUGAGUAGUCUCAUUCUGAUUGUGUGUGUGUGUGUGCGCGUGUGUUUUGUGUUUCAAAAUAUCACGUUAAUUAGCAUUGAUCAC